UUGUUUAUUAUUUUGCCUCAAAGGCUGUGGUCCUGCUAAAAUCGGCGGAGUUUAAUCUGUUUUUGUAUGGGGAAUUCAUAAUCAUAGCUUUGGAAAUAACACCACCCACAAUAUGAACGCAUAUUUACAACGAUGCCGGAAUGUUCUGAAAAGUUCUAUAAAUAAAAUCGCUGUUAUCGGUAACGAAAGCUGCGAUCUAGAUUCGGCAGUGAGUGCAAUUGCCUUUGCAUUUCAUCUGCAACACUCACCGAAGUUGUUGAGCCCUUGGUACAAACCCGAUACAAUAGUUUAUCCCGUGCUGAAUGUAACGCGCGCUGAGCUGCCACUGAAAACUGAGGUAACAUUCUUCCUCAAACGGCAGGGAAUUGCGCUGGAUGAGCUGAUCUGUCGUGAUGACAUCGAUUGGCCGACGGAACAAGCUUUGAACGUUGUGCUCGUAGAUCAUCAUCUUUCGAGCCUAAAUCAGAACAUAGUGGGAAUCGUUGAUCAUCGUCCCGUGGAAGCUGCUGCACGGUUCAACCCAAAUGCUUUUAAAACAAUUGAGCUCGUUGGUUCUUGCGCGACCCUUGUCGGUCGUCAACUGUUUAGCGAUGGAAUCUCGCCCGAAGAACGAGAAGGAUAUAACGUUGCAUUGGAGUUAUUGUAUGCUGCUAUCGUGCUAGAUACUGUAAACUUUUCCAAAGAAGCCGACAAAGCAAAACCCCUCGAUUACGAUGUGGCAGAAAGAAUAGAAUCGCAACUGCAGAUUACGGAACAAGUUCGCUCAAUGCAUAGAGAGCAACUGUUCAAGUCCUUGGUCGAUGCCCGUAGCGACGUGUCGGAGCUGAACGCUUAUCAGUUGCUGUUGAAAGAUUUGAAAAUAAUAUCGCAGAAUGAUCGUACCGUGGCGGUGCCCGGUUUCCCGAUGGCAGUUCAGGAAUACAUAAAACUGCCGGAAUGGAGAGAGCAUCUGAAUAGGUUUGCCACCAGCACUGAAAGUAAUGUUGUGAUUUUGCUCGGAAUGAAGGUACACCCUGAUGGCAGCGUGCGUCGCGAUGUUGGUGUCAUUCCGAUCGAUGGCACACCGUUAGCGGAGAAGAUCAUUGCAGCAUUGCACGCAUGCCAGGAAAUUAAUUUUGAGCUCGAAGAAAUACCAUGUUCGGAGAAUGGCACGUUUUAUCAGCAACAUAAUUUAAAAGCGUCGAGAAAACAAUUAAUUCCAAUUGUUAAAAACGUGCUCAGCACAAUACAGUGAUCAAAUAAUGGUACAUUAAAUUAUUCACAAAAGAAAUCAAGUUCAAUCUUUCACUGUUCACCUAAGCUCAUUGGUUUGUGCGCCCGCAUGCGAUGUGGAGUGUGCGCUCAUUAUGAAAUAUGUGAUCACAUUAAUCAAACGCCGGUAUAAAAGUAGCAUAAAAAGACCCCACGUCGGGUACAGCAUUCUGCAGUCUUAUUUGAAGUACAAACAUGAAAGUUGAAAAUACUGUAAUUUUCCUUCAUAAUCUGUUCAGUGGACCGAUAGCAAAGGACGAUCAUCGCUUAACACCGCUUCAGAUGUGCAUCUACACUACAACGGUUACCGGAACCAGUGUUGCAUUUUUUACCCUUUGCCUGUUUGAUUUACAUCGCAUGCUGUACUCACGCGAUCUUGUUUUGAGUGUUAUCGAUCUGCUAAUGUUGCUAGGAAUUGCAACAACCGUACUGGCUAUUCAAUCCUCCGCAGUGAUAACGCAUUUGACCAAACCAUGCGUUUCCAUUUUCCAGUGUCUUGACGAUAUCGACGCGCAUCUGUACACGCUAAACAUAGGCGGUGAGCCUACCCACAAUCUUUCAAGAAACUGGCUCGUUAGUGCCGUUGGCGCAAUCGUCAUAUCGCUAGCCUAUCUGUUGGCAAUCGCAUUACGCAUUAAUGAAGCAAAUACGUUGAUCUUUGCCUUUAAGGCGUACGGAAUGUUUGUGAUAUUUCUUAUGCAUGGAAUUUUUCUCGUUCUUUGUUAUCAAAUAUGGCAACGAAUCCGGUGCAUGGUGGUGCACCUGGGGAAGAUGAUUGCAACUUUCAAGCGCCAGAAUAAUCGAUCGAAUAAUAGCGAUAAAGGGAAUGCUAGUUUGCGAUUUUGCAGAGAUCUCCAGACGUUGGCCAUUGUUCAGUGGCAGUGUUUUAGGGCUUGUAACCGUCUCAAUGAUGAAUGUGGUCUAUCGAAUGUAUCCAUUUUUGGUGAGUGCUUCUACUGUGUACCAUGCUUCUAGUAUGUAUAGUAUGUCAACUUCACCACGUGGUAACAAUACAUUUUACAUGUUAGGAUUGUUUUUCUACGUGCUCACUGCAAAAAGUUUUCAGCUAUUCUACAUUUGCUCAAUCGAGUUCAAACGUCACGGGUUUACUUUCACUCAUCUGCUAGAACCAACUGUGCUGAUAAUCGCAGUUUUUUUAUAUUUUUUUACAUCCGCCUAUCUAGGUGAAAUGGUACUGAGAGAGACACAGCUCGUGAUAAACAAUCUGCACAAAUUUGAGUCCAUGCAUACGACUUCCCAACAUAAAAUUAACCAGUCGGAGUUAGUUGAGCAGCUGGGCAAUCAAAUCGUGCAUCAACCAAUAUGCUUUAAUGUGAUCAAUUUCUUUCAGAUAGAUCUCAAAUUUUUCCAUUUAGUGAUGGCAUCCGUCGCAACAUAUUUAAUCAUAUUACUGCAAUUCGAUUUCCAAAAUUAAUGUUCAAGCUCGCAUACACAACAUAAUCGUUGUUGGGAUCAACUCAAAAUGGUUCCUCGUCGUGAAAAACGUAUGUUCCUGCACCAUUGUUAAGGACAUCAAUGUUUCACAGUAUGCACACGCCACGGCGUUUUGUUCUCAUUUGCUACUCUCCGGAUGUGAGUAGUCGCCGAAAGGGAUUAGUUGUAGAAUCAUUUUCGGUACACCAUGGAAGCAACUAUUAAUCACACCAUUUUCAAACUUUUUGGGCUAAUGCCAAUCUUUCAAACAAAGGGUAGUGCGUGGAAAAUAUUUCUAAACACAUGCUACAGCCUUUGCGUUAUUACUUUUAUCACAGUGCAUCAGUUUGCUAUCUACUACCUUCAGCUAGAGCGAGAUUUUGCCGGAUGGUUCAUAAGCGCCAGCGUGCUAUUUACCAGCUUCAUCGCACUGCUGCAAACGUUAACAUCGGCAAAAGGGUUGCAGUUUCUAAUGACGGAGCUGGCGAGUAUCGAUUCGUUGAUAAGCAGUUGUACUGCUACCAGCAAGAGACAUUAUAGUGCCAUUUUCUACGCCAUGUACUGUAUCGGCUUGACUAGGGGCAUUUUUCGCAUGGCCCUAAUGAUACAACUUGGACUACGGUCGCCAAACUUUGCCGUUCAGUUGCUCGUGCCGUCGAUUAUUGUUUUGGUCCGAGUUAAUCUACAAAUCUAUUUAAUGGAGCUUAUUGCUGCGCAGCUAGAGGCGAUUACAGCGGAGCUUUCCAGCUCACUCGAAGACGCCGGGCGAUGCAACACCAAUGAAGCCGAUACAGUGUAUCGAUCCAGCUGCACGCUUCAGCGAGCAGAAUGCUUGUAUGGACGUUUACAAAAAUGUCUUCUGAUGGUAAAUGCACUGUUCGGUUGGUCUACUGCAGCGAUCGUGGUGCUCGUGUUCGUUGGCAUAACGUUCCAGUUCCGCGUCCCGAUGUAUCCUCUUCCGUGUUAUGCACAAAUUAUAGAAGUCUUAUACUCAAUAUUAAUACUAUUUUGCUUAUGUCGAGCCUCCAGUCAAGCGACAGAAAAGGUAAAGAGCAUUAUGGAAAGCUGUCGCCAUACCAAAAUAAAACACAAUUCUCCUGUACCAGGUGAACGAAAUAAAGCGCGUACUGCUGAAACCGUUCUAUAAUGCUUUGCU